UUCCGGGUCAAAGUUCCUCAUACACUCCACGUGUUUCCAUGCUGUUUGGUUUAUGUACAAUUUAGCGAAGUGACACGAUAGCGUUCAUCUUAUGUCCUAAAGUACUGUAAGCACGCUGCCUGUUCAGUAUGGCGCAUAACAUGUCCUCGUCCAGUUCGCAGGACAAGGAGAAGAAAGAUUCUAGAUACGAGUGUCCUGCAGACUUUGUGCCUCUUCAGUACAGCCGCACUGAGAAGUCUGUGUUAGAGGGAGGAGAAAACACAGAGCUGUGGCUCAUUAAAGCUCCAGCUCGGUUCAAGCCCAGCAGCCUGGAAGGUUUGAAAGUAUCGUUAUCAGGCAUGGAGAUGAUCCAGUCUACUGAUACAUCUCCUCGCAUCUACAGUGUUCUCUCGAGUUCCUCAGGGCCUACUGACCUCUGUCUGCUCACUUCCAGUAGUAAAGAACAAAGAGCAUCUCCUUGUGCUUCCGGCUUUGCUGGAAUUCUCAGUAUCAGUGAAAGUUAUGGGGACUGCAGUGGGAAUCAGAGCCCUAUUCCCAUCCCAGCAGCCCCUGCUCCAAGCUUUCCACCAGGCUUGAAGCAGCGCUUCCAGCCCUUCGGGAGCUCUACACCUGCUCACAUGUUUCAGAGCACUACCUCAACCUCUCUUUUGCCACCAAAGAAAGCAAAUUUGGAGUCUGAAGAGCUUGAAGACCAGGGUAAAAAGAAGAAAAAGAAGAAGAAAGAGAAGCGGAGCAGAGAGGAGACAACUGAAGUGGCCCACAUUAAGGAGGAAGAAAUCUCUCAGGAAUGUAGUGAGCUGCAAGUCCCAGAGCUAGUGGAAGAAGAUGGUACAACGGGGAGGAAGAAGAAAAAGAAGAUUAAAAAAGAGAAGGAGAGCAAGGACACACAUGAUGAAAGUUUGAUAGUCAAACAGGAACCAAUGGCCACAUCCUUUGGUGACAUUGAGAGCUCUGUGAAAAAGAAAAAAAAGAAUAAGAAGAAAGCUCAAGAUGAGUAGAUAUACAUUAAUAUUCAGUAUACACUUUCUGAACACUUUAUUAGGAACUCUAUUUUAAUAUUUGAUACGGCCUCCCUUUGCAAAAUCCAGGUACAGUGACUGGGAAGGCCACAACUUUGAGAUCAUUAUGUUCAUGAAACCAGUUUGAGAUGAUUUUUGUUUUGUUACAUGGUGCAGUGUCAUGCUGGAAGUAGCCAGUAGAUGUUGUUAAAUUGUGGCCAUGAAGAUAUGUGCAUGGUCAGCAACAAUACUCAAAUAGUUUGUGGCAUACAAGUGAUGAUUGAUUUACAUUAACAGGCUUAAAAUCAUUCCCCACAACAUUACACCACAUUCACAAGCCUGGACUGCUGACACAUGGCAGGUUGGGUUCAUGGAUUCAUGCUGUUAGCAACAAAUUCUCACCCGACCAUCUGUGUGCCCCAGCAGAAAUCGAGAUUCAUCAGAGCAGGCUACAUUUUACCAGACUUCAACUGUCCAUUUUUGCUGAGUCUGUGCCCACUGCACCCUUAGCUUUCCUUUCUUGACUGACAGAAGUGUAACCUGACAUGGUCUUCUGCAGUUGUAGCUCAUCUGCACUAAGCUUCAGUGUAUUGUGCAUUCUGUAAUACUUUUCUGCUCGCCACAAAUGUACAGAGUAGUUAUCCGAGUUACUGUAACCCCUCGCAACAUCUGCUCUUCACUGGAUCCUUUUUCUUAUUUUGAAGAAACUCUAGAGACUGUUGUGUGUGUGAAAACACCAGAAAUCAACAGAUAUAAAAAUACUCAAAACCAACCUGUCUGUCACUAACAGUCAUGCCACUGUCAAAAUCAUUGAUGUUUGAUCUGAACAUUUUCUGAAACUUUUUGAUGGCCUUAUCUGACAUUGUAUGCAUUGCACUGCUGUCACAAUUGGCUGAUUAGAUAAGUGCAUGAAUGUUUUGGUGUACAGGAGUUCUUAAUAAAGUACUUAGUGGGUGUAUGCUAUAAUGGUAACUAUGAUGUCUUUAAGCAUCAAUUAGUCAUUUUAGAACAAACUGUAAAAGGGUGAAAUGUAUUUGAAUGAAUUUAUAACUGUGCUAAAAACAGUUCAUUGUUGCAUUCAGCAGAGUGCAAAUGUGUGUAUACCUUUCAGACAGUUUAUCAAUAUUGUAUUUUAUCUUGUACAUACAUUUUUUGUUUGCUUUUAAAAGGAAGCUGCCAUUGUAACUUUGAUGUUAAUAGUAAAAAUUAGUUCAUCGUAAA